GACGAAUAGAUGCGGAACAGGGAGAAGGAGAGCAUAGGGGGCAUAGCAUAAAUAGGUAGAGGGGGCGGACGAGAGUUGCCCUUCAUCAUUUUAGCACAAUUUCAUACUGUUGCCAGCCCGUUCUAUUAUUUUAUCGAAUUGGACUGGGAUAUACACUGAACCGCUGUCAAAAUGGCGCAACCAGACACCAAGAAAAUAUUCUUUGAGAACCUGUCGGGAGCAGGGAAAGCCAUCGCAGUGUUGACCAGCGGAGGGGAUGCUCAAGGGAUGAAUGCUGCUGUACGUGCCGUGGUUCGAAUGGGGUUAUAUGUGGGAGCAAAAGUUUAUUUCAUUCAUGAGGGAUAUCAGGGUAUGGUGGACGGUGGAGAGAACAUAAAGGAAGCCACAUGGGAAAGUGUCUCCAGCAUGCUACAAGUGGGGGGAACUGUUAUCGGCAGUGCCCGCUGUAAAGAGUUUCGCAGCCAUGAGGGACGCCUGAAGGCAGCUCACAACCUGGUGCUGCAAGGCAUCACCAACCUGUGUGUGAUCGGUGGAGAUGGCAGUCUGACGGGAGCCAACCUCUUCAAGGAGGAAUGGAGUGGGCUGCUGACGGAGUUGGUGGAGCAAGACUUGAUUGAAGCUGAUGCUGUUCAAAAGUAUUCGGCCCUUCACAUCGUGGGGAUGGUUGGCUCCAUUGAUAACGACUUCUGUGGAACUGACAUGACAAUUGGCACGGACUCAGCUCUGCACAGAAUCAUUGAAGUGGUGGAUGCAAUUAUGACAACUGCACAGAGUCAUCAGAGAACAUUUGUGUUAGAGGUCAUGGGCAGACAUUGUGGCUACCUGGCCUUGGUAAGCGCCCUGGCUUGUGGAGCAGACUGGGUGUUGAUACCGGAGAUGCCCCCAGAGGACGGCUGGGAGGACAAGAUGUGUCAAAAACUGUCUGCGACUCGUUCCAGGGGCACAAGGCUGAACAUAAUCAUAGUUGCAGAGGGAUCCAUUGACAGGCAUGGGAAGCCUAUAACCUCUGGUUUAGUCAAGGAUAACCGAGCAGGGAUGAAAAGGCUGAAUAUCAUAAUUGUAGCCGAAGGGGCGAUUGAUCAUAGCAACAAGCCUAUUACCACUGACUAUAUCAAGAAUCUUGUUGUCAAAUGCUUGGGUUUCGACACGCGAGUGACGAUCCUGGGGCAUGUGCAGAGAGGAGGAACCCCUUCUGCUUUUGACCGUAUCCUGGCCAGUCGUAUGGGUGUGGAGGCUGUUCUUGCACUUCUGGAGACCACAGCUAACACGCCGGCCUGUGUGGUCUCUCUGUGCGGUAACCAAUCGGUGCGCCUGCCCCUGAUGGAGUGUGUGCAGAUGACUCAAGAGGUCCAGAGGGCCAUGGACGGGAAGCGGUUUGAGGAGGCUGUUAAGCUUCGGGGCAGGAGUUUUGAAAACAACCUGAAGACAUACAAGCUGCUGGCUCAUCGCAAACCAGAAACCGAACUGCCAACUAGCAACUUCAAUGUGGCUGUGUUGAAUGUCGGUGCCCCUGCAGCAGGCAUGAAUGCUGCCGUCCGUUCAGCUGUCAGGGUGGGCAUCUCGGAGGGGCACAAGAUGUUUGCUGUCAGUGAUGGGUUUGAGGGCUUCUACAAAGGGCAGAUAAAGGAGAUUAAAUGGGCUGAUGUUGGCGGAUGGACAGGGCAAGGUGGAUCUCUGUUGGGAACCAAAAGAACACUUCCUGCAAAGCAUGUUGAAAAGAUUGCCGAGCAGAUGCGAGAGAACAACAUUAAUGCACUCCUAAUUGUUGGUGGAUUUGAGGCCUUCCUGUCACUGCUGGAAUUGAUAACGGCUCGCGGGAAAUAUGAUGAGUUCUGUGUGCCCAUGGUCAUGGUCCCAGCCACUGUCUCCAACAAUGUGCCGGGCUCAGACCUCAGCGUUGGCGCUGACACGGCUCUGAACGCCAUCACUACUACCUGUGACCGCAUCAAGCAGUCGGCCAGUGGGACCAAGAGACGCGUGUUCAUCAUUGAGACCAUGGGAGGCUACUGUGGCUACCUGGCCAGUGUAGGAGGCCUGGCUGCUGGAGCUGAUGCUGCCUACAUUUAUGAGGAGCCAUUCGACAUCAAAGACCUGCAGGCCAAUGUUGAGCAUUUGACAGAGAAAAUGAAGACCAGCAUUCAAAGAGGACUGGUCCUCAGGAAUGAGAACUGUAAUGAGAACUACACCACAGACUUUAUCUACCAGCUGUACUCUGAAGAAGGGAGGGGAGUGUUUGACUCCAGGAAGAAUGUGCUGGGACACAUGCAGCAGGGAGGAGCACCGUCUCCGUUCGACCGUAACUUUGGGACCAAGAUCUCUGCCAAGGCGAUGCAGUGGGUUACCAAAAAGCUUGUGGAGUCUUUCCGACAGGAUGAAGGCCGAGUGUUUGCUAACACCGAGGACUCCUGCUGUCUGCUGGGGAUGCGUCGCAGGGCUCUGGUCUUCCAGCCUGUUGUACAACUCAAGGGAGAGACUGACUUUGUUCACAGAAUCCCUAAGGAGCAGUGGUGGUUGAAGCUACGUCCUCUGAUGAAGAUCUUGGCUAAGUACAAGACGAGCUACGACGUGUCAGACUCCGGACAGCUGGAGCACGUCGUGCGCAACCGGCCUAAAGAGUCGGACGCUUCAGUAGCCUUGUGAAGGCCAGUAUGUACGGUGGCCUGCAAAGUACAGUCUGUGUGUAAGAAGGAAGGUCUAUGGGGCGUCAGUGUGUGUGUUGUAAAAAAGAUCCAGUAAUAACAUCAACAUCCAUCUCUGUUUGGCCACAAACUGUGUUCAUUUCCUGUCUGUCAUUUCCUUCCAUGUCACUCCUCUCUGUUUUGUCUUGACAAACUGAUGAACUGUAACCUAGCCUUAGCAAUGCUCCUAAUAUCAAACACACACACAUGCUCUCGCACACACACACAGCUGUCCUGCCAUUCAUCUGCGUGUCCUUGUUGCCCUGGAUGUUUAGUGUCACCGCUGUUAUAAAAUUGCACUUUUCUCUGUCUCCAGUUGCUUAGAAAGGCUCUGAGUCCAGAGCUGCACGAGGACAGAAUAGACACCCUACCUGCUAUAAAAACAGGGUGUGUAUCUGCCUAGAACCAGUGUGAGGUUCAGCAUAUUUAUGUGAGACUGAUGCAAUACAGUUCUACUGCUAUAAGUCAAGAGAACUGCAUGCUGUGCUUUACACUGAAACUAAUAUUUAUCUUUUUAACAUUGUUUAUUCUUUUGCUCGUAAACAUGGAUAUAUUAUUAGCUGUAGGCACUGCUGUACGGAGUAGCUGUCUGUCAUAUUGCACCAACAAGUUCAAUGUAAGAGACUAAUGUUUCCCACAGAAUAAAAAUCAGACUUGAGAAAUGUACCUGA